AUGGCGAUCGUGCCGCACGGCGGAGGCGCGGGCUCGGUGUCGAUGGCGAUGCUCACGCCGGACAACUCACUAGUGCAGAACAUGGCUGUAUCACCGACCUCCCCCUCCAAAAUUCGUGGUGCAAACCCUAGCGUCUUCCUCCUCGCGCCACCGGACGCGUUCCUCCGCGCCGGACAUGUCCGCGCCGCCGCCCUGGGCCAAUCCCACCUCGCCACGUCACCCCGCCGGCCUCCUCUCUCUCCUCCCACCGCCGCGGCCCGCCCGGCCCACGGUCGGCCCGCCCCGGGCCGCGACCGGGCCGAGCCGCCCCACAGCUCCUCUGCCCCGCCACUUGCGCGCGCCGCCGCCGACGUCCCGCUCCGCCGCGCGCCGCCCUCCUCUACUCGCCGCGCCGGCACCUGCGCCUCGCCGGCGCCGCCCGUCUCGCCGCCACCUCGCACCUUCAGCGCCACCCCACAUCAGCGCCAACCCACCGCCUCGCCUCACCGCCGCUCGCCGCCGCAGCACGCCGCGCCCUGCCGCCCUGCCGUCCACGCCCGCGGCGACCAGCCCCGUUGCCGGACCCGCGUCGGAGCGCCUCUCCGUGCCGAGCCCGAGCUCGCCCACUGCCACUCUUCGCCGCCCCGCGCCGGAUCCGGCAAGAUCCGGCCGGAGGAGAGCUCCCUGGCGCCGGAUCGGCUCCCCUCACCGGCGCCGACAUCGCCGGAGUUCGCCGGCCGGAUCCGCGCCGACUUGGACCAGAUCCACCCAUCCAUCCAUCCAAACGCGCCCCCGUCCCGGAUCCCGUCGUCCCGUUGA